AUGGAUAGCAAACAUACGAAUACGGAGGCGGCGGCGACGGGAUCAAACGGUUUUACUCCUUUAGUGACGGUUGUUGGGUUCCACCAUGCCAGAGGCCCAGAGGUUGAGAACUGGUUCGGUGCACCAGAGGGAUCAGACCCAGCAGUUGACCAUGACUGGCCUUUGCUGCCAUUCAUGGCGUUGAGUGAUGGUGCGCACGCUGCCUCGGAGGAUUUCUCAUACUUCACUCUUCUACGUCCGGCCCGCGACAAUGUUCCUGCAACUUCUCUCUUCGGUAUAUCUUGUACGAGGCAACUCGAUGCAUCUUCUUUAAUCAAUCGGCCGGCCGAUGUUACCCGUUCGACUGUGCAAAAAGCCGUGGUUGUGAUUGCCGACUCGCCCCAGUUUUUCGGCAUGCUUAGGGAGAGAUUGAGCGUGGUUACAACAGCGUGGUUUGCUCAACGGGAGUUUACCGACACCGAAAUCCUCAAGCGGUUCCAGGAGAGUCUUCAGGAUGAGAAAGAGAGGGGCGUUGGGUUGGCCGAGGAAGACCGGGAGGAGUACCUAGGAAUGAGUUUGCGGGAGCUGGUUAGGGAGUUCAGAUGGCAGACAUUAGUGCUGUUCAAGUGCUGUCUGUUGCAGCCAAAGAUGCUCUUCUUCGGAUCGAGAUGCGAGAGACUGUGCAUGAUGCAAUUUUCAUUGAUAUCCUUAAUACCAGGUUUAAUACGAAAUCUCCAGGAUUGUGCAGAUCCGGAAUUGGACAGUUACGAGAGACAUCUAGUUAAGCCAACCAGUUUGAAGACGAGCGACAGGGGCUCAUUAUUGUCCUACAUGGGGCUACCACUUCAAAUUUUCGGAAAGGGAAGUCUAUUCGGGCCAUAUACACCCUUGCAGCAGCUCGACAUACUUGCAGACUAUGGCACAAAAUCGUACAUUGUUGGAUCCACGAAUUCUCUACUUCUACAACAAAAAGACCGUUACAGCGAUAUUCUUAUCAAUCUUGAUGAGAGCACUAUAAAUAUCACCUCGAGCUCGCUCAGAGCGGCGCUCACUCUUUCGGCAGCCGAUCGACGAUGGAUGGAUUUCCUCACACAGUCUGUGAACGACACGUGGGACGAUGCUAAUCCUGGGCGGCCGAAAACCAUGGGAUAUGUCGGGUCGGAGGAAUUCAUCCGUCUUCAGUUCGAAGAAUAUCUGUUAUCCUUGAUAUCCUCUGUAAAGUGCCACAAUUAUCUCGUUCACAAUGCUCAUAAUCCCAGAGCAAUGCUUCCAGAAGUCGAAGGAGACCCAGCAAUGGAUUUCGGUCAUGAUUGGAUCGAAGCCUGGACAAGAAGUGAGAAUUAUCGGAUUUGGGAAAGGAAUACUGAUUCGCAUCUUUUCGACAUUGUGCCGCCCAAACACCCCUGUGCUGGUGGCCUCACAAUCGACGACGUCCAACGCCGGAUUGCUGAACAAGUCAAGGAAUUUCAUUUAGAUGAGAGAUUCAAUGUUGGAAAGGAAGUUUUAGGAAGAAAUAUUGCCGCCGGAAAAGAGAAAGCUAGCACUGUCUUCAAUAAGAUUUACGCUGAUAUGGAGGCGUACAAGGAGAGUCAAAAGCAAAAGCAUGAAGCGGCCAGGCGAGAAGCCGAGAGAAAUGGAACGCCGCUCCCAAGCCCUGGAUUUGCUGGACCAGAUCUCAAUGGCGCGAAGAAAACUGCACAAAGUGUUGGAAGUAAAGCUGGUGCGUACUUGGGAAGUUGGGGUACAUGGAUGGGCGAGAAGAAAGCCGGCUGGGGUAGCUCGCGGUCUACACUACCGAAAAUUACCCAGAAAGAGAAUUAUCCUACACCACCAAGUUCUACAAAGAACGAAAAGUCUAUAGAUUCAUCAAGGCCUUCGACUAAGGAUGAUAAUCGCCCUCGGACUCAGGAAAGUUAUCAAGAAAGCUUAUUUGAUGCAGAGGCUGUUGAAGCUAAUGGCGGUGCCCCUGGUGUCAAGGAGAUCCUAUCACCGACUAGCAGUCACCAGCCUCCGCAUCCUGCGAAGUUUCAUGAAGAAUUGGACGAUGAAAGCACUAAUAAAAAUGUGCAUGCCAAUGGAUCAACAAAAGUAGCAUCGCCUCCCACCAAGAUCGUGCUACCAGCGGCAAUUGUAGCUCCUGAAUCGAGGCAAUGGGCUGAAGCUUCAAUCUCCCCCAAGAAAGUUGAUCACGAUGCUCGAUCUGGCGCUGUUGCGAGGGCAGUAGAAGACGCUACAGCUACACCGAUAUCACCUUAG